CUUGGAACAACUUGAGUCAAAAGAAAAGAUUCACACAGUGGACUGUUACAUAAAAUCACUCAAGAGGAGAGACCUAACAGCUAAGACUGAAAAGAAAGACGAUUGUUUGGCAAAAUGGAUUAUAAUUCAGAAAUUAUCCGGGAGAAUAAUCCUAUGGAUAGUCUUGAGAAGCAGUUAAUCUGCCCUAUUUGUCUGGAAAUGUUCAACAAGCCUGUGGUAAUCCUACCAUGCCAGCACAACUUGUGUAGAAAGUGUGCCAAUGAUGUGUUCCAGGCUGGUAACCCAUAUUGGUCAACAAGGAGUUCAGUUUCUGGGGGGCGAUUCCGCUGCCCAACCUGUCGUCAUGAAGUGAUCCUAGAUCGUCAUGGAGUAUAUGGUCUCCAGAGAAACUUGCUGGUGGAAAACAUAAUAGAUAUUUACAAACAGGACUGUACUAGUCGACCUGAAAAGAAGGAAAACCAUCCAAUGUGUGAGAAGCAUGAAGAUGAAAAAAUAAACAUUUAUUGUCUCAGCUGCCAGGUGGCAACAUGCUCUAUGUGCAAAGUGUUUGGAGUUCAUAAAGACUGUGAUGUGUCUCCCCUCCAGAACGUCUACCAGAGUCAGAAGACAGAGCUGAAUAGCAGCAUAUCAAUGCUGGUAGCGGGUAAUGAUAGAAUUCAGUGUAUUCUUAGCCAGCUGGAAGAAUCAUGCAAAACUAUACAGGAGAACAGUAAAAGUAAAAAGGAGCAUGUGAAUGAGAUGUUUGAGACACUGUCCAGGUGCCUGGAGGAAAAAAAGACACAUUUGGUCCAGCAGAUUUCACAAGCUGAGGAAGAGAAGUUGAACAUUGUGCGUUCUCUCAUUGUUCGGUGUCAGCAACAGCUCCAAUCCUCUUCCAAUGAGCUACAGAAUGCUUUUCAAGCUAUGGAGCAGACUGGACCUGCUAACUUUCUUCUGGAGUCCAAACAGCUUAUUAAAAAACUAAUGGAAGCAUCCAAAGGCUGCCAAUUGGAGAAGACUGAACUUGGAUUUGAAAAUAUGGAUCAGUUCACCUUGGACAUGGAACAUGUCAGCCAGUGUCUGAGAAACAUUGAUUUCAGUGCAAACUGUGAUGAGGAUGAGGAAGAGGAUAUAGAGGAAUUUGAAGAAACUGAAGAAGACACACAUGAAGGGCAGCAAGAAUUGCAGGACAGGGAAAGCAUCUGAGAAGAAGAGUGUGGGAAGGAUCUGUCAUACUCUCCCUGAGAGCAGGGAAAGGGGACAAUACAUGAGACUGGUGGAAAGAGAGCCUGCGGGCAAUGACUCAGGACUGCUGCUAAUGACCAGAAGACUUGCAUUCUAGGUCAUCAUGAUGUAUAUAUUUAUUGAAAUAUAUUUUAUAUUUGCGAUGGGUGCUGGUUAUUUGGGUCGAUCCAUAAGUCCUAGGGACUAAUGUUACCUGGAGGGCAGGAGGAAAGAAGUGGUAACACCACAUGGUGAAUCCCAAUUUUGUGUGAUACAAUUUCACUGCCUUUCUUUUGCAUCUUAAUAAAUAAAAGUUGGUGUUAAUGAUAUUCAUGUGCAAGCUUGUUUAUAUUAGAUUAUAUAUUAUAUUUAUAAUGUUUAUAUAUCAGAUUAUUAUAAUUAUAUAAUUCAUUUCUCUCACACUGGAUAUUGUAUGAAAUCCUAGUACUUUACAGCUAAAGGGAAAGCCCAAAUCACUUCGCAUUUUAAGUACAGGUAUUGCAUCUGUUAUCCAAAAACCUGUUAUCCCGAAAGCUCCAGAAAGGCCAUCUCCCAUAGACUCCAUUUUAAUAAAAUAAAUAACAUUUGAAAAAAUGAUUUCCUUUUUCUCUGUAAUAAUAAAGCAGUUGGUACUUGAUCACAA